CCUCUCUUCUUUUUCUCUCUUUUCUUCACUGAACAAGACGAGUGAAAUAAGAAUUAACAGAGAGUUCCGUAUCUGCUCUGCAAUGGCGAGUGGAGGAGGGGAAGCCGUGGAAUUGAGGAACAAGCAGGUGAUACUGAAGCACCACGUCUCCGGUUUCCCCAAAGAGACCGACUUCGAGCUCAGGACCUCCUCCAUCAAUUCGAAGGUCCCCGAGGGCUCCAAUGGGGUCCUCCUGCAGAGCCUCUACCUGUCCGUCGACCCUUACAUGCGACUCCGGAUGCGCAGGAUGGAAGACCCCGGCCACUACUUCACAUCCUUCACCCCCGGCUCCGUGAUAGAUGGGGGUGGAGUGGGCAGAGUUUUGGAUUCUCGAGACCCGAAUUUCAAGAAGGGCGAUUUGGUCCGCGGGAUGAUUGGGUGGGAAGAAUAUACUCUUGUUACAGCACCCGAGACCCUCUAUAAAAUCGAGCAUAAUGAUGUUCCGAUAUCCUACUAUACAGGGAUUUUGAGUGCUGUUGGUUUGACUGCUUAUGUGGGUUUCUUUGAGGUCUGCUCUCCGAAGAAAGGUGAAUACGUCUUUGUAUCUGCAGCAUCUGGUGCAGUGGGGCACCUUGUUGGGCAGUUUGCUAAAUUGGCGGGCUGCUAUGUUGUUGGUAGUGCCGGUAGUAAAGAAAAGGUUGACUUGCUGAAGGACAAGCUCGGAUUCGAUGAGGCUUUCAAUUACAAGGAAGAAGAGGAUUUGAAUGCAACUCUUAAAAGGUUCUUUCCUGAAGGCAUUGACAUUUACUUUGAGAAUGUUGGUGGUAAGAUGCUCGAUGCAGUGCUUCUCAACAUGAGAACCCAUGGCCGAAUUUCAGUGUGCGGGAUGAUCUCACUAUACAACAGCGAUCAGCCUGAAGGGCCUAAGAAUAUUAUGUCCCUUGUCUAUAAGCGGAUACGCAUGGAAGGCUUUAUGGUCAGAGACUACUAUAGCUUUUACCCUAAGUACUUCGACUGGGUGUUGCCUUACAUACGAGAGGGAAAGGUCAUAUACAUUGAGGACAUUGUAGAAGGUCUUGAGAGCUGCCCUGAUGCUUUGAUAGGGCUCUUCAAGGGCCGCAACAUCGGGAAGCAAGUGAUUCGCGUGGCAUAUGAAUAAAGUGAAUUUUUUAUUAAUAGCUUGAAUCAUUGAAUCUCAAAGACUACGAACAUUAUAAAAUGAGAUUUUGUUCGUCGAA